ACAACCACGAUUCGUAAAAGUGGAAAGGGACCUCAAUUUUAUCAUAUGCGAAACAUUAAUCGCUUCCUUUUCCGUCGUCAUUUCUUCAAGUUGGCUUCUCUCACUCGUUCGUCUAUUUCAGAAAGGAACCCUUUUUUCUCGUUCUUCAUCCCCGUCUUUAGAUCGAAACGAAGACUUCAGUUCUUCGGCAGAACUACUCUCAUGGCUUCCAAACGGAUCUUGAAGGAGCUCAAGGACCUCCAGAAAGACCCUCCUACCUCUUGCAGUGCUGGCCCUGUAGCAGAGGAUAUGUUUCACUGGCAAGCAACGAUAAUGGGCCCCCCUGAUAGCCCCUAUGCUGGUGGUGUUUUUCUCGUCACCAUUCAUUUUCCUCCUGAUUACCCAUUCAAGCCACCUAAGGUUGCAUUCAGAACCAAAGUUUUUCACCCAAAUAUCAACAGCAAUGGUAGUAUUUGUCUCGAUAUCUUAAAGGAGCAGUGGAGCCCUGCUUUGACGAUAUCUAAGGUCUUGCUCUCCAUUUGCUCCCUCUUGACGGAUCCAAACCCAGAUGAUCCCCUGGUGCCAGAAAUUGCUCAUAUGUACAAGACAGACAGGGCCAAGUAUGAGACCACUGCCAGGAGCUGGACUCAGAAGUAUGCCAUGGGCUAACAUAUUGGAAGGCGUCAGAGUUUUUCCUUCCAUUUAUUGUUAAAAGUGUAAUUGUAUAAUCUAACGAUCUAUCAUCUGCAUUAUGCUGUAGACAAUUUGAGGAUAGGUUCUUACAUUUUGCCUCAUCUGUGAAAACUUAUAUAAGCUUUAGUUUGUCUGUAUGAAUUUCGUCUGUGGUGCUGUGAAAUUUCUGUUGCUGAUGAUAAUGUUCCCCCACGUGCUAUGUAGAUUCGCUGCUGAUUGUAGUUUCAUAUUAACAGCUGUACUGCUUUAUGGCCAAAAUCACAACUGUACUGCUUUGUCUC